UUGUGUCAGCCAAGGGCUGCGACUUUGUUGGCUCCAAGAUCUACAGCUAUUCUGGAGAGGGAGGACAGGAGGUUCUGGGGUCACUGUGACUCUCAUAAAUCAUUGAUCCUGGCGUGUGUGUGUGUGUGUGUGUGUGUGUAUGUAGUUGGCCUGUUCAGGGCUACAGCUAGCUCCUAUAAAUGGGCCCAAACUUUGGCCUCACAGCUGUUAAACCACCGAGAUGGGGAAGUUGUGGCUAUGGGUUGCUCUGUUUCUUGUACUGAAACACCAGGAAGGUGCUGCCUACAAGCUGGUAUGUUAUUUCACCAACUGGGCACCUGGACGCCCUGAAUCUGCCUCCAUCUUCCCCCUUGACCUGGACCCCUUUCUCUGCACCCACCUGAUAUUUGCCUUUGCCUCAAUGAGCAACAAUCAGAUUGUUCCCCAGACUCUCCAAGAUGAAAAAAUUCUCUACCCACAGUUCAACAAACUCAAGGAGAGGAACAGGGAGCUGAAAACACUGCUGUCCAUCGGAGGGUGGAACUUUGGCACAUUGAGGUUCACCUCUAUGCUGCACACAUUCGGCAACCGUGAAAAGUUUAUUAAUUCAGCUAUAUCCCUCCUGAGGACACACAACUUUGAUGGUCUCGACCUUUUCUUCUUAUACCCUGGACUGAGGAACAGCCCCACGCAUGACCGAUGGAAGUUUCUUUUCUUAAUUGAAGAGCUCCUCAGUGCCUUCCAGAAGGAGGCCCUGCUCACCAAUCGUCCGAGGCUGCUGCUCUCUGCUGCAGUGUCUGGUGCCCCACACAUCAUCCAAACAUCUUAUGAUGUAAACCUUCUAGGGAGACUCCUGGAUUUUAUCAAUGUCUUGUCUUAUGACUUUCAUGGAAGCUGGGAAAAGUUCACAGGACACAAUAGCCCCCUGUACUCUUUUCCUGAGGACCCGAAAUCUUCGGCAUAUGCUAUGAAUUACUGGCGGAACCUUGGGGCACCUUCAGAGAAGCUCAUGAUGGGGUUCCCCACCUAUGGGCGCACCUUUCACCUCCUCGAACCCUCUGGCAAUGGGUUGCAGGCUAUAGCAACAGGACCAGCGUCUCCAGGGAAGUACACCAAGCAAGCUGGCAUCUUGGCUUAUUAUGAGAUUUGCUCCUUUCUUGAGAAAGCAAGAAAGGACUGGAUUGGCUAUCAGCAUGUCCCGUAUGCCUACAAAGGGAAGGAGUGGGUUGGCUAUGACGACAUCAGGAGCUUCCAGGAGAAGGCAAAGUUUGUGAAGGCAGAGCUUUUUGGGGGGGCCAUGGUGUGGACAUUGGACAUGGAUGACGUCAAGGGAGCUUUCUGUGGCAGUGGCCCUUUCCCCCUUUUAUACACAUUGAGUUACCUCCUGCUGCAAGACGGAAGAAAAGCUGAGGCUCCUGAAGUCCGCGGAAAGCAUAAAAAUAUAACUUCAGUUCCUGGAGGUGGAGUCAUGACCCUUGGGAGGGAAACAGUAUCCUUUGGAAAUCACACUGUAGCUCUACGGGGCACUGAGGUCCCUGGGGCAAGGACUAUGACUUCAGUGGACCAUCAGUCUGUGACUGCUGCAGGGACAACAGAAGCCCUUGAGCAUUUUCAGACAGAGACCCUCAGUAAGAUAAUGGCCCCUAAUAUGAAGUCUGUGUUCCCUGAGAAAGUUACUGUCCCCACCAGAAAGAUGUCAGUCACCUAUAAUGGGCAAACUGUGACUCAACAAGGGGUGAAUUUGAGUUCGUAUGGGAACUGCCCCAGGGCGGGUGAAAUUGGUCUGAAGAGGGAAGUUGAAAAUAAGAUCCUCCCAACACACACUCCUCUUACUUCUGACAACCCCUUUAUGCCCACUGAAGGGAACCAUUCCUAUGUCAACUAACAACCCUUCCAACAAGUGCUCUCUCUAUGAAAGAAGAAAACACUCCUGUGGAUCAAGGCGCCUAAGCUCUGUGGAUGGCAAACUGGAGCAAGCCCUUGUCUUUUCUUCUUCUCUGUGUGAUAUGAUAGAAGCUGCUUGAUCCUGGUUGCUCAUGGGGUGAAGUAGGCACCAAAGCCACAGUGGGUCAAUAUUUUUUUCUGUUGAAUAAACUAGAAACACAAGAAUCCAA